AUGGCUUUUACUCUUCAAAAGUUUAGAGAUCUUUUAGGCAAUCCUUAUGCUGUGAUUGGGGUUUGUGUAGCAGUAAGUGUGACAGCUUUCUUUACUCUAAGCAGUCACCAUCCAAACUAUCCAAGGAAAAAGCGCCGCAUGAGUAGCUUUCCGGACCUCACAAACAACAUAACUAUUAUGGCAAAGUAUCUUACACCAGACUUAUUCUCCAAGUUGAAAGACAGGGGCACAACUAAAAAUUAUGAUAUAGAGCAACUGAUCGAGUCGGGUCUAGGUUCAGUUGGCCCCAGCUCACUCGCUGGAAACCCCGCGGGGCUGCUAGCGGGAGAUGAAGAAUGUUAUGAUGUUUUUAAUAAACUCAUGGACCCUGUCAUUAGAGAGCUACAUGAGGUGGAUCAGAAUUUCAAUUCAGAAAUUAACUUGGAUUGGGAGCAAAUCAGAGGUGGAAAGCUGUAUGGAUCAAACGUGCUAUGCUGCAGAUUGACUGGUAGAAGAAACAUAGAAGGAUACCGAAUGGUUCCCGCCAGCCGAGCAACAGAACUAUUAGAUGUGAGUCACCCGAUAGUGGAGUCUAUUUGGGAAAACAUCGGGGACUCUUUUCUCUCGGUGUCAUGGCAAAACAGUAAUUCUGCGAUGGAAGAGUAUGGAUCAAGCUUUGUUUCACUGCCGCCCCAGCUGUCACGCGAUUGGCCUCAUGGAAGGUUCGUGUGGUUAGCUGAGAACAGACAAUGUCAGAUAUUCAUAAAUUUCGAGGAUCAUUUGAAGGUUGUCAUAACUCAAACUGGCGGGGAUAUACAAAGGGCAUUCAGGCGAUACAGCGAAAUACUCUCAAGUAUAGAGGAAGGUUUAAAACGAAAUGAAAAGAAGUUCAUGUGGAGCUCAAAAUAUGGAUAUUUGACAAGCUCGCCACGUAACAUCGGCACCGGACUUGAGGUGGAAGUAGAAGUUCGGCUGUCAAAACUCUGCAAGGAUCCAAGAUUUGAGCGCAUUAUACAUGUACUCCCAGUGAAGCUAGACGAGGCAGUAAAUAUAAUUUUGCAGGUUGAUAUUCUUCAACAAGUUAUCAACAGUGUGACUUUACUAGUUGAAAUUGACAAGAGAAUUGAUCGGGGAGAGAACAUCCGGGAUUUAUUGCCGUAGAGUGUUAUUUCCACUGAGAGAAGGUAGAUCGACAGUUCAUCAUACCACUGAGAUCUCGUGGGCAUAGAUGAAGUCUUCGGAAAUGGUCAUUUGAGGGGCUAGAACUUGUAAACUCAGCUUAAUAAGUGUAAUAAUGGUAAAACUCAUCCACAAACCUAAA